AUGUCCGCACAACACGGCCGGUCGAGCUCUCACGCCGUUCCGCGUCCAACAACAUCGAACUCGCAACGGCCAUCUUCACAGCGGAUAGAGCGCCCAUUGUCCUCGAGCGGCACUGUUCACGGCGCCUCGCCGGCGUCUGCCCCUCGCAAGAGACCGAGUGAGCAUGGCGUGCCGCGGGAUGCAAAGAGACGGCGGCAGGAUGCUGGUGUCCUGUCUGCGGAUGAGCUUCUAAAGCCGUCGAUUGUUGUCCGAGCCCAUCCGUCCAAUCCCCUAUCGCGGCCAUGCACGUUGUUCCCCAUGAUGCUUCUACCCCGCGAGCAUCUGCCUCUAUCGUAUCUUGAUCUCACGUCCCCGAGCGGUAACCUGCCGUCUUCUCGACACUUCCAGUCUGACAUCCGUAUCUUGGAUCUGGAAGGCCGGCUUGGGUCGAACAUUCUCAUUGCUCGUUCACCGUCGAGCAACUCCAGCUCCUCGGGCGGUUUCAGCAGCGCCAGCAGCAUAUUUGCCAUUGAACGGGAGGAGGCUGGUAUUUAUGUCCUUUGCAAACUGGGCAACUGGGCGGACGUUACCCAGCUCGGCCAACACGCUACUGCCGUGUGCCAGCAGCGGAUGCCUUCUCCAGCAAAAGCCUUGGGAGUAGGGAAGGGCGAAGAACCUGCAUCAAUCACACCUCAAGUGUACAAGGAGAGAGGUAGGAAGAGACUGGCCAUUGCCGAGUUGCAAUCGAUUUGCGAAGAGUUGCCCUCGCCGUUGUUAGAGACUGCCGAGGACCCUAAGCCGAGCCCGGAGAUACCUAGAGAAAAUAAGGAGGCUCACGACGACCUGCCUGCCCGCCCACCGAGCCAAGCUUUCCUCCAGAAGAAGUCUGCUCCUUUGGAGACAGCGCCUCUGCCAACACCGCCCGCCUCUGAUGCAACUAAGCGCUCAUCGGCGGAGCCAACGCCGCCGGUAGGCGCGGAACUUAAUGUCCCGCCUACGGCGGAGGAUAUAUUCCAAAACAUCCGCAAUCAGUACUUCGAGGCUCUGUACCACUCCCUGGGCUCCUUGGCGUACUUUGCAAAAGGCCCCCUGUCUCGUGCGCGUGCAGCUUUCCACUUGGAUUGUGACUCCAAUCUCGAGAUGGAUGAGCUCAUCAACUUCUUGAAGAGCAUCAUCUUGACCUCUGCGACGAUCGACAAGAAAUAUCGCGAGACGAUCCCAGAUCUCGUUUCCCAUUUGCGUACCCUCGAGGAACUAUCUGACCAUGCCGACUCCAAGAAAAAAUCGAAGAAGCCGAAGAAGGUGAAGCUUGGAAGCAGCGGCCUCUAUACAGGCGAGGACGUACAUGUGCGCAAGUGGUGGGCUGCCAACAAGCCAGCACCUCGCGACGAUGAGGUUUUCCCCAGACCCGAGGAGGUCAAGUACACAAUCUCAUGUUUGCGCACGCGCGAGACGCAGCUGCAGAUGAUCCUCAUCUUGGAGAUUAUGGCACUAGAAACGAUGCGGCCGACGGGUGACGCAGGCGAGAGCCAGCUCCCUGGCAUGGUUGGAGAGAUGCCGACAGUCGCCCCGAUCAAGAAAGAAGCGCCAAAGAAACGGAACAAGCACAACUUGCCCCUAUUGAUUGAUGUCCAUGCCGACCGGCUUUGCAUUUGGCAAUCAACAACUUCGGAUGAGGUGAUAGCAUUGGCCGAGUCCCAAGCACGCCCAGUUAGAGAAGCGGCUACGACAAAGACGGCGCAUUCCGACCCGUUAAAAGACUUUUGUGUGGAUAUUAUUUUGCCCUUCUUCUCCCCUCGGUUGCCUCUGGUGUGCGAUACCUUGAACCGCAAACUGGGUGGACCGGUCAUUUCGGCGCCAGGCUCUCGAUCCAAGAUGGCACCCAAUUCGGCCAAGUCCCCAUCAGACGCGAAGCUGCGUGAGAAACCCUCGUCCUCCAAAUCCCAUCAGCGAUCGAAACCAGGUUCUGCGGCCCGACGAUCGUCAGCCUCAACCGACAAGACCCGUAGCUUAGAACGUGUCCUGUCGAGCGAACGGCUGCGGCGCAGUGUUUCACGCGGACCCAAUGAUGCCAUUGCCCAGAUGCGUAGCGCCACGGCCGCUCCGAUUCCUGGCCUGAAACGCGAGAUGAGCGAGCCCGCGCUGGCCAGCAUCCCCCGCCGAUCAUCGUCCACCUCACUCAAAGAACGGCCGUCAAACGCGUUGUCUAGGAGCUCGUCAGACGUCGUCAGUGCCAGUGUAGGCCGGUCCGAAGAAACGCGUGCUCGCAAGAAGGCUAUGGUUGACGCCGAGUUGCAAGAAGCGAUUUCUGCCCUUAAGAAGCCAAACCGCGAGCUCGCUGGCAAGGCAACUGUUGAAGCAGCAGAAAAGCGGCUGUUUGGUAUACAAAACCGAGCACGAAAAUCCAAAAAGCAGAUAAGCCGGCCGUCACCUGGCGGGGUGCAAGUCAAGGCCACGCCGGUGAACAAUAGAUUCCGCGAUGUCUUCGCCACGACUACGACUAUGGACUUUCACGGUAACGAGCGCGGCCAUGGUGAGAUGCACGGCAGCUACAGUCAGAGGCAACAGGAGUAUCCCCUGCCUAGCGAUCGCGAACUACUGUUUCCUAGUCGCAGCGUGCCCCAAGUCGGUUUUCUUCCUGUGUCGCCUCGAGUCAUGGGCACCCCUAUGGCUGGCCGGGUUCAAGCAACGCCUAUGCGAACAUCUACAUCUGUACCGGACUCGGCAGCUAGGACGGCUCCCACAACGUCGGCACCGUUCGACACCGCGUCUAUCACGACGACUACAACGACAAGCACGACAACUGCUACCUUGAACAAAUUCCCCAUGGCGCGCACAUCACGGCUAGAGUCUUUCCCAGAGGAAGAGGACUCCAUGCCAAUAUCGUCACCUGUGGCAGCGCGUCGGGUGGCAACCCAAGUUGUACGUAAUGGCACUGGAGCUGGUCUUCAUGCAUUCCGGAAGCUAGGCGACAACAAAGCUGCUCUUUUUGAUGGCGACAUGAUCCCAGCAUCGUCUCCGCUGCAGGCUCGUUCGCAACCAGCAGCGACAGUGAUAGCUGAAACAGAAAACCGAGAGACUCUUCUUUCGACGGGCACCCAGCGACGAUCCACCUUGUUUGAGACACCAACCAAAGUGCGGUCAAUCACAAUGGAGGACUCUGCUGCUAUGAAGCGGGUCAUGGCUACGCCUCUGCUGGCAAAACCGCUUAUGGCGACACCUCAUCAUAGCCGCUCGUUGGCUGCCCCUACUACUUUUGUCGGAGAUGGCAACAGUGUGCAGUCCCUCUAUGCGCAAAUGGGCUGGGAAGACGAAAUUGACGAUCUGGCGUAG